UGGACGCCGUGGAAUGGAAUAUGGUAGAAGAGGCGAACAUGGUGGAUCGGCGCGCAGAGCAAUGAGAACGCCGCCAAACUUUUUGGGAGGUGGACGCGGGACAGCCUGCGUCGAUUUUGACAUUGUUCGUUUCAGAGUCGAGCACGUUCGUUUCCGAGAAUCGAUGGGAUUUCUACGUUUGUAAUGCAGUAGGAAACUUUUUGGAUUUUUUUUUUUUUUUUUUUGUGUGUGUGUGUGUGUGUGUGUGUGUGGAGAAAAGGAAGGGGGUCAGGCGCAGGCGAUCGCCCCCGACCAUCCCAGCGCUAUGCCGUGGGUGAGCGGCAGUACGCGCAGGGAAAGCUCGGAGCUACCGCUGCCCGCGGGCUGGGAGGAGGCGAGGGAUUACGAUGGCAGAGUCUUCUACAUUGACCACAAUACUCGGCAGACUUCGUGGAUUGACCCGAGAGACAGAAUCACCAAGCCCCUGACCUUUGCUGACUGUGUGGGUGAUGAGCUUCCUCUGGGAUGGGAGGUUGUGUAUGACCAGCAAGUGGGCGUCUACUACAUCGACCACAUCAACAAGACCACCCAGAUCGAGAACCCACGAACACAAUGGCGUCAGGAGCAGGAGCGCAUGCUGAAGGAGUACCUGGUGGUGGCACAGGAGGCCCUCAACGCCAAGAAGGAGACGUACCUGAUCAAACAGCAGAGGCUGCAGCUGGCCCAGGAAGAGAUGCAGCUCUUUAACCAGCUCAGCCAGGACGACAGCCGCUCCAUCACCAGCUCACACUCUGGCUCUUCAAAUGCAAAAUAUGACCCUGACCAAAUCAAAGCGGAAAUUGCCUGUAGGCGUGAGCGGCUCUCCAAGCUCAAGCAGGAGCUGGCCCAGAUGCGACAAGAGCUUCAGUACAAGGAAAUGGGAGUAGAGACCCUACAAGAAAUCGACCGGAAGAUGUCCAGCAGUCACACCAACUACAAGCUGGAUGAGGCACAGGCCAUCGUUAAUGAGCUUCGGAGCAUUAAGAAGGCCAUCAGCUCGGGCGAGAAGGAGAGGCAGGACCUCCUCCAGAGCCUGGCAAAGCUGACGGGGAGUUUUCACAACCUUUCCAUCAGUGACUCUAUAAAUGAGGUGGCCAACAAUGCAGAAACCCUGGGUGACUCGUCCAGUUUGCGGCAGCACAUGGACACUGGCUGCCAAACAGACCUCAUUGGAGAGUUCGGCUACCAGGAAUCAUCACCAUUAGUUGACCGAGUCAAACUCAACUGGCAGUAUGAAGAGGCCAAGAAGAAGGUGUCAAGUAUCCAGCACCAGCUGGCCCAGUUGGACAGCGCGAGCUGUUCGGGCCGCGCCGAGGCCGACCGCGACCGCGACUGUCUGCAGCUCCUGAGGGAGAAGGAGGCGCUCCUGCAGGAGCUGACGCUGCUCAGCCAGCAGCAGCGCCCCCUGGAGGUCAUCCUGCAGCUAGAUGAGGAGAAGCGCAGGCUCGAGGAGGAGGUGCAGGAGGCCCAGAGCGCUCAGAGUCACGGCGCCAGCCAGAGGAUACUGCAGCAGGAGAAGAGGAAUGUGUUGUUGAGACAGCUGGAGGAAGCCACCCGCAUUACCACCUAUCUACAUUCUCAGUUGAAGAGUCUCUCGGCCAGCACGCUGACGGUGUCGUCCAGCAGCAGCCGGGGCUCUCUGGCCUCCAGCCGCGGCUCGUUGGCGUCCAGCCGGGGCUCGCUGAGCUCGGUCAGCUUCACCGACAUCUACGGCCUGCCCCAGUACGAGCGCUCGGACGGCCCCGGCGAGCACCUGCCCGAGCCGGCUUUCCGCCUCCUAGCGCCGCCGCUCGAGGUGUCGGGAGCCAAGCGCGGCCCGGACGCUCCCCGCUCGCUGGCCUCCAUGUCGUCCCGCUCCUCGCUGUCCUCCCUGUCGCCACCCAGCUCGCCCUUGGACACGCCCUACCACACCGGUGCCCAGGACUGCCCCCUCACCCAGAUGACGGAGGAGUACAUGGAGCUGGCCGGCCGCAGUCUGGCGUCGGAGGGUCUCCGGGGCCCGGCCGUGGCCCCGCAGCACGCUGCUCUGGCUGGGGAGGGCGACACUGCGGGCACAGCGCCCCUUCUGGAGGGCAAGAGCCAUAGAGAUGGCGGCCUCCAAGGGACCUACAGCGCUACAGGCGCAGGGGUGAUUUUGCGCUCUGACGGCGUGAACCGAAGCAGCCGCAGAGCUCGCCGUGUCUCUGCUGGUGUGAGUGAAGAUGUGCUGGCGACUGACAGCGGCGUGUUUGAGGCCUGGAGCAGGAGCAGGACAGAAGAGGCGGAGGAAGUCAUGUUCUCCCGAGAUGCCAUCAGCGCUCCGGACGCCCCUCAGGUUCAGCUGGGACUCCUGUUUGACUCUAGCUGCAUGUCCCUGCUGCUGCAUCUACUUCAGAUGAGGAAUCUGAACAAGGCCAUCGUGAGAGAUGGCUACAAAGUCUUUGUGAAGGUGCACGUGCUCCCCGUAGAGUCCGGCCGGCCGUGCACGUACUACUGCUGUAAGGCCCAGGAGCCGCGGUCGGCGAUCAGCUUCAACGAGGGCUUCCGGAUCCCGCUGCCUGCAGGGGGCGCCAGCGCGCACGCCCUACACCUGCAGCUCUGCGCCCUAGGACCCCUCGGCCACGAGGAGCUUCUGGGCUCAGCCCAGGUCACCCUGGCUGACUGUGCAGGCAGCGUCGAGAUGCUGUUCCAGUGGUAUCGGAUGCAGCUGCUGCAGCCCCCUGGUGGCGGAACAGAGAACCACCGGCCCGAACCCACCAGCCUGUGCCGGCCCAGCCACAGUGUGGACGAGGAGGACGAGGAGGUCGAAGAGGAUGGCAGAGCCCAGCUCUGUAUGGGGGCUCAGAUGGAGGAGAUGAAGAGAGGGUUGGAUCUGAGCGAGGAAGAGCUCGACCGGAAAGAGGAGCAGGGGGAGGCGGCGUCUGAGAGGAGCUGGCAGGAGUCUGUGGACAGUGGCUGCAGUAACAGCACAGCGUUUGUUAUACCCUGUGCCGAAGGCCUCUGUGCCGAGGGCAUCUGUGCAGCCACAGGGGGGCGCUGUGUCCCUGAAAUGUCUCUUGUUAUAAAGGUUGACAAGGCAACCAACACAGAGCUGAUGCGCAUGCAGCCUAAAGAGAGAGUGGGGCGUUGGGGCCACGCCCCCCCGUUUCUGCGUAGCAGCACACUGGCACGAUCGCACACAUUCUCACCUGGAGCCCGCAGCCAAUACGUCUGCAGGUUGUACCGCAGUGACAGUGAUAGCUCCACUCUACCAAAGAAGUCACCCUUCAUCAGAAACACUCUGGAGAGAAGAACCCUCAGAUACAAACAGCAGCCUCACCGCUCCUCACUGGCCGAACAGCCCACGCGCACCUCGCUGGAUCUGGAGCUGGACCUCCAGGCAUGCCGGACGCGACAGAGGCAGCUGAGCGAGGAGCUGAUAGCGCUGCGUGAGCUUAAACUGCGGCUGGAGGAGCCAAGUCAGGGACCCCGGGGCCCCCCAGAUCUGCCCCACUGGGCCCUUAGAGAUGAGCGUUUCCGUGGGCUCCUGAGAGAGGCCCAGAGACAGGCGAAGCAGAGCCGGCAGGAGCAGAGGCAAGAGGAAGCAGCAGACAGAAGGCUGAGGAAGGCCUCUAAGGAGGUCCUGCAGAUGAGGGGCCAGAGCCCGAAGGAGCCGCUCCCUGUGCAGACGUUCAGAGAGAAGAUGGCUUUCUUUACUAGACCAAGGUUCAACAUCCCACCCCUGCCAGCCGACGACGUGUGACUCCUGGACACCAGAGCAGAUAUGAAGUUUUUUUUUUUUUGUUGUUGUUGUUUUUUAUCCAAGCCCAUGAAGUAAUUAGAGAAACCAUGUAGUUAUUUCAGCACAGAGAAGAAAAUGAAAGCUAUUAAUAUGCAAGUCUCAACAGAAAGCUGCAGAAAGCUGUUCAAAAGGGGUGCGUGCGUGUGUGUGGGUUUACUAAUGCGCGCGCACACACACACACACACACACACACACAUCAAUAUUUUGUGUAAUUAAAUAUUGAUAUCUUGGCUGAUUUUCUCCAAAUGUUGAAAAGGGGAAAUGGCUGUUUCAUAAGAGAACAAACGAUCCUUGUAUUCAUGUACAAUGUACUUGUGAAAUGUCAGCGUUUUGUGCUUACCUAAGGCUGGAAGACGGGAACAAAGUCAGUUUAGACAAAUUCACUGUACUGUAACUUAUUUUAUAGUACUUUUCCUUGAAGGAAAUAAAAUUGCUUCCUGCGUUUUUGAUGUAUUUUAUAAAACUUCAGACAAACAGCACUUCCUGUAAGUGUCUGACGUACAGUAGAAGGGAACUUUUGGCUGAUUUUGUUUCUGUUACCUGAUUCUUUAAUGUUAUUUACGUAAAAUGUCACUUUUUGAUCCACUUUUAUUACAGUUGUCAUUGUCAUCUGUGCUAUUGUUAUAUUAAAAUUAUUAAUAUUAUUUCUUGUACUUUUCAAUAUAUAGAUAAAUAUAUGAAAUACUGAUUUCAGAUUUUUUUCUAAUGGUGUCUGUAGGAACAUCUGCAGCGUUACCUCUUUUGUAAAGAUAAAACCAUUAAACUAUAAAAGUGCAGCUUUGUCA